GGGAGUCGGGCGGGAGCGCGGGCCGAGACCCAGCGGACCGGACGACCUCUCCUUCGUCACUUCCUGCCGGCCCGCGGUUUCCGGAGGGAACGAGAAGCCAGAAAGAAAGAUCACAGCUUUCCCAGACUGGGAGAAAAAAUAUGGAAUGUGGUGUACCACUGACUGACCAUAACCAAAUGAACUGUAGUGACAGUAGUCUAAAAGCCAGCGGUUAACAAUUUCUUCAGACUUCAACACUAUCCAUCGCUUUCCAGAGCAGACUCGCUGUUUACAAGAACUCUUGGCCUCCCGAAGAUAGCAACCUCAAAUUUUGUUUAUUUAAAAUAUUUCUGCAAAAGGAAAAGUACCCCAGAGCCCAUUUUCCAAAAUGGCCAUGGAUGGGUAUCUGUGGAUGGUCAUUUUGGGUUUCAUUAUUGCUUUCAUCCUGGCAUUUUCAGUUGGUGCCAAUGAUGUUGCCAACUCCUUUGGAACCGCGGUGGGCUCUGGCGUGGUGACCCUGAGACAGGCAUGCAUUCUGGCUUCCAUAUUUGAAACCACCGGCUCUGUGCUUUUGGGAGCGAAAGUGGGCGAGACUAUCCGGAAGGGCAUCAUUGACGUGAACCUCUACAAUGAGACUGUGGAAACGCUCAUGGCUGGGGAAGUGAGUGCAAUGGUCGGCUCAGCGGUCUGGCAGCUGAUCGCGUCCUUCCUGAGACUCCCGAUCUCAGGGACACACUGCAUCGUGGGCUCUACCAUUGGCUUCUCGCUCGUGGCCAUCGGCCCAAAGGGAGUGCAGUGGAUGGAACUCGUCAAGAUCGUUGCCUCCUGGUUCAUAUCCCCACUUCUGUCCGGCUUCAUGUCUGGUGUGCUGUUCAUCCUGAUCAGAAUGUUCAUCCUAACCAAGGAGGACCCUGUUCCAAACGGUCUCCAGGCACUUCCUCUGUUUUAUGCUGCCACUAUAGCAAUAAACGUCUUUUCCAUCAUGUACACAGGAGCACCAGUGCUGGGCCUGUCGCUCCCCAUCUGGGCAAUAGCGCUCAUCUCCUUCGGCGUUGCCCUGCUGUUCGCCUUCUUCGUGUGGCUGUUCGUGUGUCCGUGGAUGAAGAGGAAAAUAGCGGGCAGGUUAGAGAAGGAGAGUGCUCUGUCCCGCGCGUCCGACGAAAGCCUCAGGAAGGUACAGGAAGCUGAGUCCCCUGUCUUUAAGGAGCUUCCUGGUGCCAAAGCCAGCGAUGACAGCGCUGUCCCCCUCACCAGCCUGGCUGGGGAGGCUGCGGGGGCCUCAGAAGGCACGUCAGCAGGGAACCACCCCCGGGCUUCCUACGGGCGAGCACUUUCCAUGACUCACGGCUCUGCAAAGUCACCCAUCUCCAAUGGAACCUUUGGCUUCGAAGGCCACAUGAGGAAUGACGGUCACGUUUAUCAUACUGUACACAAAGACUCGGGGCUCUACAAAGACUUGCUGCACAAAAUCCACGUAGACAAGGGCCCCGAGGAGAAACCAGCUCAGGAAAACAACUACAGGCUGCUCCGGAGGAACAACAGCUACACGUGCUACACGGCAGCCAUCUGCGGCCUGCCGGUGCACGCCACCUUCAGGGCCUCAGACACCUCCUCCGCCCCCGAGGACAGCGAGAAGCUGGUGGGUGACACCGUGUCCUAUUCCAAGAAGAGGCUCCGCUACGACAGCUACUCCAGCUACUGCAACGCGGUGGCCGAGGCGGAGAUCGAGGCCGAAGAGGGCGGCGUGGAAAUGAGGCUGGCCUCUGAGCUGACCGAUCCUGACCAGCCUCACGAGGAUCCCGCGGAAGACGAGAAGGAGGAGAAGGACUCCGCAGAGGUCCACCUGCUCUUCCACUUCCUGCAAGUCCUCACCGCCUGCUUUGGGUCCUUCGCCCACGGUGGCAAUGAUGUGAGCAAUGCUAUCGGUCCCCUUGUGGCCCUGUGGCUGAUAUAUAAACAAGGCGGAGUUACACAAGAAGCUGCUACUCCAGUCUGGCUGCUGUUUUAUGGGGGCGUUGGCAUCUGCACAGGUCUCUGGGUUUGGGGCAGAAGAGUGAUCCAGACCAUGGGGAAGGAUCUCACACCCAUCACACCGUCCAGUGGCUUCACUAUUGAGCUGGCCUCUGCCUUCACCGUGGUGAUCGCCUCCAACAUUGGGCUUCCCGUCAGCACCACACACUGCAAGGUGGGCUCAGUGGUAGCCGUGGGCUGGAUCCGCUCCCGGAAGGCUGUGGACUGGCGCCUCUUCCGGAACAUAUUUAUUGCCUGGUUCGUGACUGUGCCGGUGGCCGGCCUUUUCAGUGCUGCUAUCAUGGCUCUCCUCAUGUAUAUAUGUGGUUUUGUUUCUUCCAGUCGGUAAAUGGCCACAGGGAUGCCCUGACACGGAUAUGGUCCUCACACCUCCCACCCCUGCUUUCCCUGACACUUGUACACCCCUUCCACAUACCCUCCUGAUGGCGUCAUAUCACCCUGCUUACCCAGGCCACAGUUCAUCUUCCAGAAUUAACCUACCUGCUGUACAUAGUAGUCUACAUCAAGCUGAUGUCAUGAUGACACAAUGUGGUGCGGUUACUUAUAUGAGAUAUAUAUUGUGUACCUAGAACAGGUAGCAUUUAUUUCAAACAAACUCAGAAUGAACGUGGAGGGUAUUGCCUAGAAUGCAAUAUUCUGUUAACUGUACAUAAUGAUUUCAGUGGCAGUAAGCAUAGAGUAUCAAAUCCUUUUUUAAAUACACUGUAUAUAGCGAGGUACAGCAUACUUCAUACAAACCCGGGCAGGCGGGUGGGCGGGUGAGAGAGUUCCGGCCCUUGUGUGAUUGCCCAGUGCUGGGACAGGUUUUCACAAGUGCUGUCUCUGGAGUGUGUUCGUGAGCGGAGUCCGAGUUACUGUGUAAUGUCCCACGAUUGCUCUGUAAAUACUUUCAACUGUAAUUUUAAUGCUAAGCUUCCCUCAUACUUUUUUGAUCGGAGAAUUUUGGAAAGUACCAAAGAACGAGGGGAUAACUCGCCAGUGUUACACCUUCCCGCUGCUUGUCUCCCUUCCCACCGGCCCUGACAGUGGACCUGGUUACUUCAGCCAGGCGAGCUUAGAACUCAGCCACCCACCAGCAGCAGCCCGGAGGCUGCCACACCAGAUACUGGAAAGCUUGUUCCGUGGCCUUUCACUGUCACCAGCGCGGAUGACAUACAGCAGUGGGGGUGUAGAAUUAAACACUACAUACAUAUCAAGUCCAACUCCAGGGUCCCUCCCCGUCGCACCCAGUGCCCUGAAAAGCAGGAAUCCCGUUGCAGACAUUAAAGCCAGUGAGGCUCUUGAUGGGCUCGGAUGCUGCCAACUCAGGGCUUAGCCGGAAGUACGGGCGGGGACACUGGGCUUGGGGAUCUUUGAGGCCUUUUCUGUGGAGAACAUCCGAGGUUCUCCUGUGGAGCCGCUGUUCUCUUCUGAUGGCGGCGGGAGAGCGUCGGUGUCACUAAAAUGUUAAGAGCCUGAAACCAUGGAAACGCUGCUAAUAUUUUUAUAUUGACAUACAUUUUCACGGUACUUCAUUGUAAUUUUUUCAUUAAUCAAGCAUAUUAAAUUUAUAAUAAAAAAGUGCCCCUCAAAAGUUCA